AUGUGUUCGGACAAAAUGCCGAUCCGAUUUGGUCUGGAAGCUGCACCAAUCACCGUUGGGUGCAUGGCCGCGGAUUAUCGUUGCGGCAUCAAACAGGUGGGGGCCAGCUUUGACCUUGCCAAGGACGGGUUGAGGUCUGGUGAAGUUGGGCAAAUGAAAGGCAGCGGGACCGAAGCCAGGGACGCUGCAGCGUCUGCGGGACUGCCCACGGUCUUCGCGCUUCUCGAGCUUUUGGUGCAUGACUUCAUGGAGUCGGUCCCUCAGGCCUCGAUCCCGCGUUUGACGACCUCCAUCGGUGCGUUGGCACGCUUUCAAGGGCUUGGGGUGAACAGUUCUUUAACAGCGGUUGGUUUUCUGUGGAAUGUGGCAGAUGCUUUGGCCAGAUAUCACUGCGCAGAGAGCUCUGCCUCCUUCGAAGAACUGUGGGUGCAAAUCUUCAUGCAGCUGCGAGCGCUUGCUUCAGACAGCAGGCCUGAGGUGCGGAACUGCGCGGUAAAGAGCCUGUCGACAGCACUUCUGUCCCAUGGCCGCAAGGUGGGAACCGAGUGCUAUUCGCGGUGCUUGUCGGACAUCCUGAUGAAGGUCCUUGCAGAGAUACAGGAUGCCGCACGUGAAGCUCGACAGCGGGGCACGUCCGGGUCGAGGACCGACAACCAACUGAUCGUGCAUCAUUCACGAGACACGCCGGAGAAGCAGUGGGAUGAGACGGUGUCCCUCGCCUUCGAGGGCGUCCGCCGGGUGCUGAACCACUUUUCCGAAGAAGCGGGCCCCGAAGCCUUUGCGUGCAUGACCCAGCGGGUGCAUGUGAUGCAGCGCAAGUGGGACGAUGCUCGUCGCAAAGGCUUGUUGAAACUUCCGCAGAAGAGUCAGAAAUGUCGGUGUGGUACCUACGACAGCAAGCUGCAGUUCCAGUGUCCUCGCUUGCGCGGUCAGAAGCGCACCUACACGGACGUGGCCAACAAGGACGCUUGGGCGCAGACCUCUUGCCAGGCCUUCUUGGAUGCGACAGUGCUCCGCCAGAACGUGCUGCGCCAUCAAGAGCAAGACGACGCUCUCAGCAUCCUGACCAUAUAG